CUGUCCUCCAUCUGCGCAAUGGCCAUGUAGGGUUUUUAGGAGCCACUGAGCUUCAUGGUGCCUGCAUUUAAUUGAUGGGUUUUUGCAGUUUGUAGUGAUGUUAAGCACAGAGUUUUUACCUAUGACGAUGCUGCAAAUCGCCAUUGCCAUGUGUCUUGCUACAGUAAUAAAAGGAGCAAAGGUGGAGGAGCUAUCAGAAGACCUAAUAAACUCUUCACCAGAACUGACCUACCAGAUCAUCAAUGCAGAUCAUUUCUUUCUGAAAGACACCAGUCAGGCCUCGAUGGGAAACUUUACCCAACAGUCACAGAAACAACCCUUCAUCAUCACUGGGCUCACUGGGAAGCCUACCAUCAACAUCAGCUUUGGACCCGUGUCUGUAGAACAGGCUAUCCCUCUAGAAUUGAUUAACACUAGUCCCAGGGUCAGAGCCUUUACACUGGCUCAUCAGGUACGUUCCGCAUCCCCCAUUAUACAACUGUUGUUUUAUGCGACACACAAGAUAGAUGACAUGAUGGAUUUGUCAGGUCGAGCCAGUCAAGGGCAGAGUGACAAGGGGUACAUAUGUGUUACAGCACACGCCUUCUGGAAAUCGCAAGAGAUCAGAGGUACCUGCUCCAUUUCUGAAAAUGGAGGCUUCUGUUUGGCCCAGUUAAGGCUUGAGCCAGCAUGGUUCAGCCCAAGGAGUGCCAGAUCCAGCAAGGAGCACAGAGCUUCUUCACGAGGGACUGUUGUGGAGCUUUACUAUCAGACCAGGCCCAGUCCAACCAACCAGUGUAUCCCUCAAGACAGUAAGCAGUGGCCUAGUUCAACUCAGGAGGAGAUCAGUGGACAGCAAUCCAGAUCCAUUCUGAAGAAAGUUGGCUAUGUAACUCUCUUACGGUCACCUCCAGGGAACCCUAUGUUCAUGCGCCUGCGUCUGGGUGGCACUGUGAUAAUCCAGACCUCUUCUAAACCUCUGAAGACCACAGACACAGCCACCUUCUAUGUCUUUUUUUCCAGUACCUCCCAGGUGGAGCGUUUCAUUCUCAGAGCCACAGUACACAGAGGUUUGUCGUUCAGCACAGCAAGACCCAGUGAUACUCAGCUAUGGGACAUCAGCUUGGAUCCUGGAAAACCAGGCGAGACCCAGACUGUGUUUGUGACCUGCCAGAGGAAGAGCACUAUCACUGCAAAAAGGGGUCUGCUGGAGGUCCUGCAGCUGGACUUUGACGCACAUGAGCAGGGUGACCCGGCACAUAUCCAGACAAUCACGUGGCGUCUGGAACGGCCUGGAAAUCCGAUCCGGGAUGAAGGAACAAUGAGGAUUUACGUGCUGCAGAGAGACUAUGUGGGCAUUGCACCACUCAUUAUGAACUCGGACCUCCUCAACACAGCGGUGCUGAAUGGUAAGAUGGUGUCCGUACCGGUGAAGGUGUUGGGAGUGGAGACAGAUGGCUCUGUCAGCGACAUUACCAACUUGACUCGCUGCUCAUCCACAGACGAAGACACUGUUAAGGUGUCUGAGAGGUGCGACUAUGUGUAUGUGAACGGGAAGGAGACAAGAGGGAGGGUGAGGAUGAUGCUGAACUUCACUUACAGCUACCUGAGCAACCAGCUGGAGUUGAGUGUGUGGAUGCCUCGCCUGCCCCUGCAGAUCAACAUGGCCGACCCCGAGCUCAGCCAGAUCAAGGGAUGGAGGGUCCCUGUCUCCGGGUGUAACCCUAGGCCGAGUUGGGAGAGUGAGGAGGAUAAUGAGAAGAAGGGCCGAGGUUGCAUGGUACAGUAUCAGCACAGCCAGAUCCAAGUACUCACAGCAUUCACGGCAGAGGUGUCGGACUCGAGCGCUUCCUCUCCUGAGCAUUUCCUGGGUUCUGAGUGGUUGGUGGAUGUGACUCGGCUGGUCCGGUACUCUCUGAAGGUUGGGGACACAAGCAUCGCUCAGCUGCAUAGAGAAACCGUGCUCAGCGGCAGAUCUCCUGGAGUCACCACUGUCCAGGUGAUGUCCCCCUUGUCGGACUCGGUCCUAGGGGAGAGGACGGUGCAAGUGCUGGAUGAUAAAGUGAGCAUCACAGAUCUCAGCGUGCAGCUAGUGUCAGGCCUCUCACUGUCACUGCAGUUCAGUCCGGGCAGCAACAGGGCCAUCGCAGCCAUGGCCACCACUCAGGACACCAUGCACACCCCCAAACAGGAGGCAGUGGUUGCAUGUUGGCUAUACUUCAGCGAUGGCUCUCGGGCUCAUCUUGACCUGUUUGAUCCCAGCAGCUACAAGCUCACAGUCUCCUCGCUGGAUAACAGGGUGGUAUCUGUAGGAAAAAUACCAGGCCCUGUCAUGGUGGCCGAAUCAGAGGGAUGGGGCCUGCUGUUCAGAGCCGAGCUCACCAUCUGUGAAGGCUGUCAGAAGUCCAAACGCAAGAGCAAGCUCGCUGUCGGUGACGGCAACGUGAGGGUCAAAUUCCUUUUGCCUGAGCAUAGAAGGACUCAAACUGAAGCCAAAUUGAGCCAGACCCCCUUUCAAGGUCUCCUCAGGAGGGACACAACCACUGGCAUGCAAGAGAGCACCACAAGAGAUAUCUCUGGGACAUCAGCCAAGUCCUGGCUGCAAGAGGCAAUGGGAGGGGCUCUCUCCACCAUCAGGGUGAUCAACAGCAUCAAGGGUAUGACUGCGACAAAGUCUGACACUGAAAAAGCUCUUAUUACAGUUGGUCCAGCUAAAGUUCUGAUUAACAUCUCAGACUUCCCAUCCCAACCCAAACAAGAAGUGCCUAUACAUGAGCAAGAUCUGGUGUGGAUGUUCAGUAUCUUUACACAUGUUGAGAUCUGCAUCUACUUGUUACUAGGACUCUCCUGCUUGGCGAUCAUUAUCUUCCUGAUUAACUGUGGCACUCAGAAUGUGAGGUUGUGUGGUAGGAAUUCACUUGUGCAGUGCCAGGGCCCUGAUGAGCACACGCAUCACUGGGUGCGCCUGGGCAUGGCUGUGGAACAAUCCGGUGCUGUACCGAUUGCCACCACCAGCAACCAUAAGCAAAAGGUUCCAAGUACAGCAGUGGAAAGGCCAAGCCCUGCUAUGGAGAACCCCACAGAAAGGACUGCAACCCUGGGGAGAAGGUGCAGCACUCUGCCUCUGAAAACCAACCCUGUGGCACUCAAAUCAGCCGGCCCACUUGCAAAGCCAGCACGGACCGAACCACUGCACUCCCCAACCAGCAAGAGGAACCAGGUCCAGUUCACAACCUUCACCACUCUUGACAUCAAGCACUUGGCAGCACUCAAGAGGAAUUGGUUGGACUUUAGCUGGACCAACCAAGGAGCAAAUCAAGCAGCUAAUCAGGGAGAUCUGUCCAGUAUGAGUAGGGCAGUCAGUCAAAGUGUAGAGCGUCCUGAACCUGAAGGUCUUUCUGAAAUUCCAUGGCCAGUGGUAAAACCAGUGGUAAAGGGGAAAUGAGCAUAUAUGUGUGUGCUUAUAUUUUUCCACAAUCAAAAACUUAUUUUAAAGAUUUGGCAAAAAUUACAUGUCCUUAUUCUCCCCUUUGCUGCAAAUCAUAUUUCAUCUACAAAGUUUGCUUCUUUAGAUUUGCACUGGAGCUACAAUGUCAAUGUAGCUAAAAUCUCUUAAUUGUUAUGCUGUUAUGAUGUGACAUUGUUGCAUUGACUGUAAUAUUUAUGCUAUUACAACUUUACAGUGACUGUUGCAUUUAAACUGUUUUGAUAUUACACUUAAAUUUAUAUUAUAUUAUUAUAAUAUCAUACAAUCUGUUCAUGAAACCAGUUUGAGAUGACUUGGUGCGUUAUCAUGCUGGAAGUAACCAUUAGAAGAUGAGUAAAUUGUGGCCAUAAAGGGAUGCACAUGGUCAGCAACAAUACUCAAAUAGCCUGUGGCAUUCAAGAAAUGAUUGAUUGGUAUUAAUGGGCCCAAAGUGUGCCAAGAAAACAUUCCCCACAUCAUUACACAACCUCCACUAGCCUGGACUGUUGAUACAAGGCAGGUUGGGUCCAUGGAUUCAUGCUGCUGGCACCAAAUUCUGACCCUACCAUCAGUGUACCUCAGCAGAAAUCGAGAUUCAUCAGACCAGGCUGUUUUUCCAGUCUUCAACUGUCCAGUUUUGGUGAGCCUGUGCCCACUGCAGCCUCAGCUUUCUGUUCUUGGCUGACAGAAGUGGAACCUGAUGUGGUCUUCUGCUGUUGUAGCUCAUCCGCCUCAAGGUUCACAUGUUGUGAAUUCUGAGAUCCUUUUCUUCUCACCACAAUUUUUCAGAGUGGUUAUUUGAGUUACUGUAGCUUUUCUGUCAGCUCAAAUCUGGCCAUUCUCUGUUGAUCUCUCUCAUCAACAAGGCGUUUCCAUCCACAGAACUGCUGCUCAGUUUUUUUUCUUUAUUGCACCAUUUGGAGUAAACUCAAUGGACUGUUGUACAUGAAAAUCCCAGGAGAUCAGCAAUUAUAGAAAUACUCAGACCAGCCCGUCUGGCACCAACAAUCAUGCCACAGUCAAAAUCACAUUUUUUGCCCAUUCUGGUGGUUGAUGGGAUGCAUGAAUGAGUAGGUACAGGUGUUCCUAAUAAAGUGUUCCGUUAGUGUGUGUGGUUGUGUGUGUAUUCUUUUAUCAGACAUUGGCCCAUUUUAAAGUUUGAGAUACAAUGUCAUCUUAAAAGUAACAUUUUCUUGUCACAACAUCAAAUA